AAAGGCCAUUGUGUGGGAUCUUUUGUGAGCUAACUCAGCGGUGGUGUAGCGCUGUUUUCUAACAUAAUCCUCGGCGGCAGCAAAGUUAAACAUGUCUACAAACAUGCCGCCGGGCAAUCUGAACCUGGAGUCGCAGCUUUUGUCCAUAAUGGACGUGCUGGUGAAAGCGGCGGUGACGGAAAUCAGUCAGCUGUUCUCGGAGAGCUCGUCGUCACUCCGGCUGCAUCUGACCCAGAGCCUGAAGGAAAACGAAGCCCUGAGGAUGAGGAUGAAGGUGAUGAGGAGCGAGCUCUUCUCCCUCCGGCUGCAGACCAGGAACAACCGGCCGGCCAGCCGCUUCUCCCCCAUCAGAGGAAACAUCCCCAAACCACGGGCUAAAUCACAAGUCGUCAUUAAACCACCAGUGGCCCAAAAGACUGUUGGGGAAGCUGCUUCAAUUUCUCUUCAACCAGAGAACAAGACUUCCUCUGCUACGACACAAGUGGAGAAUGAAGAUAUGGAGAGCCCAGAUGUCAUCCUGAUCAAAGAUGAGGACGACGUGGGAGGAUGUGGGUCAGUUGUGGGUCAGGAUGACUUUGGAAAUCACAGUACCCAGAGUGGUGUUUCUACAGGGACUCCGAAUUUAGACUCGUCCUGCCUGACAGGUGAUAACGAGGAGCUGAGAAUCGUGAGCGUUCAUGGUCGGGGGGAAGGACCUCUGCAGGAGGAGAGCGACACCCUCUUCACUGCCUCUGAGCUCCAGGCUUUUAGCUCCCUGACUCCUGACCACAACGUCAGCCAUGACAGUCUCCUGAAUUUCACCACUGGUGGCGGUGACAGAGCGGCGAUGAGAGGGAUGCAGGACAACAGAAACAGCCAGCUGGAGAGGAAUCAUUCCACCCAAAUGGCUUCAGCAGUGUUGAAUCCUGCAAUAAAAACACCAGUCGUAGGAGCUGAUGGUCAGGUUGGGCACCCCAGUCACGUCAGCCAGUUCACCCAGCCGCAGAACGUCUUCCCUCACGGCAUCAACAAAUCUCUGGACUGCAGCUUCUGUGGCGAGCGCUUCCUCAGCCGUGAAGACCUGAUCGUGCACAGAGCAAGUCACACCGGGGAGCCGCCCGUUCUUUGCACCUUUUGCGGCAAGUCGUUCGUCAACAAGACCACGCUGAGCAUCCACAUGCGCAUUCACACUGGGGAGAAGCCGUAUGCUUGUACGCAGUGCGGGAAACGCUUCACGCAGAACGGCAGCCUGAAGAUCCACCUGAGGACUCACUCUGGAGAGAAACCGUACACCUGCAAUCAUUGCACCGCCAGCUUCAACAACCCCAGCAACCUGCGCAGGCACAUGAUCACACACACUAACGGAGCGCUCUGACCAUGAAAGAUACAAAGAUUUAAAGACUCAACAUUCAACUUUCUUUGUGUGUAGCAUGUUACUUUUACUGAGAUUGUGAGUGUGUACUUCGCCAUUUCCUAGGAAAAUCAACGGACUGCUGUGGUUCAAAAUAAGGACACAAACAAGCAUCAUCUCUGUUCAGUAUGAAGACGCUUGCGUUCAUUUUAUUUCUAAAACCAGCAAUAGGAAAAACAUCCUCCAAAACUAAAAUGCCUUUUUUUAUUUAUCCUUCCUGGCUAGUGAAACUUUUUAUACUUUCUGAAAUGCAGACAAACAGAUGCCUUAUUCAUCACUCAAAGAAAAUAUAUGGUACCUUAAUUUAAAGCUGGGGCAGGCAGAAAUCUGGAAAAGGCAAAAAAAAAAUGCAGAAUUGGAAAAUGUAGUCUCUACCUGCAGCUCUACUAUCUGCGUCCUAAGCGGCUCUCACCAGACGAUCACGGGAACAUGCUUCAUACAGUAAUCCGGUGUUUAAUCAGAUCUUAUAUCAUAAAUUGCAUGCACUGUGUUUGCUCUUCCUGCUCUCUCUUUUGGUGAUUUUAAGACCACAAAUGGGACAAAAAUCCGGCCACCCUUUCCUUUCACCUCACUCUCUGCCGCUGCACCGAGCGUCACAGCGGGCAGGUGGCCAGAGGCAGCGGCGGGGCUAAUCUGUGUAACGGCAGCAACAGAAAGUUUGCUGAUCUGGCGAGGAGUCCGGGCUGUCUGGUGCUGCAGAGCUGUGGAUUUUUGUUACCAGCUCUCCUACUGAGAAGGUGGUCUGUAGCAGCAGGGAGCGAGAUGGAGGGCAAUCUUUGAUCCAAGGCUAAAGUUGGCUAGCAUUGAGCUGUUAGUGUUUAGUGUCCUAUCAGCAGAAGGCUAAACUAUUAGCUCUAUUUUCUCUCCAUUUCAAAAACGAUAAUAUUAACAUGUUUCAUUUCGUUUAUUGUCAGACUUUGUUUUAAACUAUUUUGAUAAGUCUGUCUUUCUCUUUUGGGUUGCUUUGCCAUAUAUAUGCAGUUGUUGCCAAUCUUGGAAUAGCAACUUUUUCUGCAGGACUUUCCACCAUUGAAUUGGGUUUUCACUAAAAAAACAUGCUGGUGUAUCUGCAUUUGUAGAACAGCCAAUAGGAAAGACCUUUUUCUGAAAUGGCAUGUGAUUGGCCAAAGUCUCCCUUUUCACAGGCUAGAUUUUCUAAAAUUAUAAAACAAAGCAGAGAGCAGAUGCAGAAGUCUACUUUUUUUUCUUAGACCACUUGAAUUACAAUCAGCUCAAAGGUAAUUAUGGGAUUUUUGCCUAAUGACGCCAGCAUUCAUCUGCCUAUCCCAGCUUUAAUUCAAAUUUGAUAAAUGCUCAAAUCUUUACCCAGACAUGACCAACUCUGCAUAUUAUACAGCUGUCGCUCAGUGAUGGAUACGUAAUCAUUUGAUGUGUAAAUUUUGCUCAUUACUAGAGACCCUCACAGCUGCUUUGUUGACCCGUGUGACAGCAUGAACUGUUGUAAACACCGGGAACUGUAACAGGAGGAGGAAGAGGAAACCAUGUGCAGAUCAGAGAGGGACGUGGAUCCAACAGAUACAGAUUUUGAUGCCAAAACGGACAGAAACACAGGCAGUGACAUUGGAAUAAAGAAGAAACAUACAGCUAUUAAUGAGCGAUACUGAUAAAAUCUAUUGUGUUAUAUCACAAUAUUAGUAUUGAGAUACAGGAAAUACUUAAAGAGAAUUAUUCAGUCGAAGUAUCAUAUUGACGCAACAGCCUCUUCAGUCCAAUAUUGCCAUAAAGUAGUCCUGCUAACUGAUUCGUUCACAUUGUCCUGAUGCAGCUGUUUAUUUCAUGAAUAAUAGCAGCGUGUACAACUCUAAAAAUAUAAAGAGCGGGGUUGUGGCGGGGAUCCAAAAAACAAACACGGGCACUCAGAUAAAAUUAUGUAUUUAAUGCGGACAAAACAAACAUUUCAGCUACAAAGCCAACAUCAGCACUGUUUCUGUUUGUUUUAGCCACAUUAAAGGAGUAAAGUUAUGUGUGUGCGCCUGUGCGCUGUUUGUUUUUCAAAUGCGAAUAUUAAAGGGAUAGCAUUUUGUUACUGGUCUGGCAAAUCUAGUCAUAAUAUGGUUCACAUACUUUUUCUGGUACGUUUCCGUAGUGCUCAACUCUAGUUACAAUUUAAAAAUGUUUCAUAAGUGCUAAUUUAAAGUGUUUUAAACUGUUGUGAAAGUUUCUCGCAUCACACAGUUUACACAAAAUCCCAGAUACACUGACCAAACUUCACAUUAAAACUCAUGAGAAACUAAAAAUAGUACAUAUGAGCUGCAUACCUGGGAUUUACAUGUCUUACAUUUUCACGUACGUGUUUCACUUAAAGAGCAAACUACCUCUGGUGUCUGUUGCAGCUCUCUUUUAUUCUCUUUUGUACUCUCCAAUAGUUUCAGACUGGGCAAUAAUCAUUUUAGUGUGGAUUCUGUCUGUGGAUUUAUAAUCUGGAUAUGCAAUUCUGAAUAAAUACAGAGUUUUUAACAGCUUUCACCUUCA